GCGCGCGGAGCGCUGGUGGCAGAGCGCGCCUGCGCGGCGCCGCGGGUCUCGUGAGGAGCUGGCGACCGUCCGGCUCGGGCGCCUCGCCGACCGGAGCGCAGACGCGCGUGACAGUGGCCGCGGCGACCGAGCGCAGGCCCCACCAUGUCCGGGCCGCAGACCCCAGAGCCGGCCCGCCGCACGCAGGGAGACUCCCCCACAGGCACAGGGGGCGAGGACACCGCCGACGGGAUCCAGCACUCACAGCGCAUGCUCAGCUUCAGUGAUGCGCUCCUGUCCAUCAUCGCCACUGUGAUGAUCCUGCCUGUGACCCACACGGAGAUCUCCCCGGAACAGGUACUUGGGAACCGUGGUCUGCGGGCAUCGAGGUUUGACAAAAGUAUACAGAGACUUCUAGCAACCAGGAUUGCUGUCUACCUGAUGACGUUUCUCAUUGUGACUGUGGCCUGGGCAGCACAUACAAGAUUGUUCCAGGUUGUUGGGAAGAUAGACGACACACUUGCCUUGCUCAACCUGGCCUGCAUGAUGACCAUCACUUUCCUACCUUUCACUUUUUCCUUAAUGGUGACCUUCCCGGAGGUGCCUCUGGGCAUCUUCUUGUUCUGUAUGUGUGUGAUCGCCAUCGGGGCCGUGCAGGCGCUGAUCGUGGUGUACGCGUUCCACUUCCCCCACCUCCUGAACCCCCAGAUAGAGAGCUCCACCCACAGGACCCUGUAUCGGCAGCACAUCCUGGGCAUCGUCCUCAGGGGCCCGGCCUUGUGUUUCGCUGCUGCUGGCUUCUCCCUGUUUUUCUACCCCUUGUCGUACCUGCUGAUGGCGACGGUCAUCUUCCUCCCCUACGUCAGCAAGGCCUGCAGCUGGUGCAAGGGCAGGCUCGUGGGCCCCCAAGAGCCCCCAGCUCACAGUGUGGAGUUCUUCACAUUUGACCUGCAUGAGCCUCUCAGCAAGGAGCGGGUGGAGGCCUUCAGCGACGGGGUCUAUGCCAUCGUGGCCACACUCCUCAUCCUGGACAUCUGCGAGGACAACAUCCCGGACUCCAAGGACGUGAAGGAGAAGUUCCACGGCAGCCUGGUGGCGGCACUGAGCGUGUACGGGCCACAUUUCCUGGCGUAUUUUGGCUCCUUCGCCACGGUGGGCCUGCUCUGGUUUGCCCACCACUCGCUCUUCCUGCACAUCCGCAAAGCCACGCAGUCCAUGGGGCUGCUCAACACACUGUCGCUGGCCUUUGUGGGCGGCCUCCCGCUGGCCUACCAGCAGACCUCGGCCUUCGCCCAGCAGCCCCACGACGAGCUCGAGAGCGUGCGCGUCAGCUGCGCCAUCAUCUUCUUCGCCAGCAUCUUCCAGUUUGCCAUCUGGACCACGGCCUUGCUGCACGAGGAGGAGACGCUGCAGCCCUCGGCACGGUUCGGGGGCCGGGAGCACGCGUUCAUGUUCGCCAAGCUUGCGCUGUACCCCUGUGCCAGCCUGCUGGCCUUCGCCUCCACCUGCUUCCUCAGCAGGUUCAGCACAGCCAUCUUCCACCUCACACAGAUCGCCGUGCCUUUCAGCUUCCUGCUGCUGCGUCUCCUCGUGCGCCUGGCCCUGGCCCUGCUGCGGGCCCUGCGGGGCCUCCCCCUGCCGGCACCAGGGGGCCAGGAUGACGUGCGGUCCCCGCUCCUCCCGUCUCCCUAGUAAGUUCCACGUUCUCCCUGCCCCAGCCUGCAUCUGGCCCACUGGGGCUUUAUUUUCAUUGUUCUCUUCUGGCGCCCUCGGGAGGUUUGCCACUUUGCAGAGUCUGGCAGCAAGUUCGCUCUGUAUUGUGCGCGCCUGUGCCCGUUUCGGUCCUAGGCCCACGUUCUCCGUCAAGCUGACCCACACGGACGCUGGUAGUCGGGUGGCUCCAGGGGCAGCUGGGGGACCACAGCCUCAGCCCUGGAGGGGGCAUGGGUCCCCACCUUGGCCACCCUCCUGUAGGCAGAGCUCCCUGGCAGCUGCUGGGCAACCCACCCUGGUCACUAGGCACAGAGAACACAAGAGCAGGUCAGCAACGCCCAGACUGUAUUUAUCCUGGGUAUAAAUUAUGAUUACAUUCACGUAGUGACAGGUACACACAGGCCCUUGGUGCCAGGCCCACACUGCCCCAUUUGGGCACACAGACGCACUUAAAUACAGAAGGACAGACUCACCCUGACCACCACAUACAACCACAGACCAAAACCAACACCAAGGCCUGCAAAGCAAAAUAAUUACACCAACAGGGACACAACACACGGCUGUGUGCUGGAGGCACAUGACACGAAUGUCCUGCUACAAACGGCCACUACAGUGCAUUUGUGCAGUUUUGGCAGAAGCUUGGGGGAUGUGGCUGGCAGGGCCGAGCCAGGACAAGAGGGCCAGGGGGUUCAUGGGCCUUCCUGGAGGACUCAGGAGACACUCCUCCUGGGGCCAGAGGCUGGACUCCACGGGCCGUCUGGACUCUGCUUGGUGGAAGAACGCCACAGUGGUCUGCCCAGCAGGCCUGCCCCAUGCCCCUCCUGCCACGUCUCUGCCGCCACGAGCAGCAGCAAGGGGACCCACGAGCCCGGUCAGCUGAACAGAUACUGGGACUGAUUGUUGACAAACAGGUGAUUAAAGCUGGCUCUUCCCACUU